AUGGUCAUGUUCUCACGCCUGGCCCUUGCCCCGAGCCUCGUGCUGGUCGGCACCUCGGCAUUGUCGACCCGCGCCGAAGAGCGACGCUCCAUGGCGCACGCUGCCGCCCGCCAGACACCAGAGGAGCUGGGCUUCUCAGAUACUGGUAGCGAAAACGACGCGGACAGCUACGGCAAGGCUCAAUUCAGCAAGGAGUUCUGUUUGGACCUGGGCGCGAAGGGUUUCCCGAUACCCACAGAGAGGAUGCUCGAGGCGGCCAAUUGGGACCCUGCGACGUACUUUGCCCAGUUGCAGGGGGCAGGGUACGCCGAGGACGCUUUGCAAAUGACUGGGCCAGACGCAGCGCUGCUGAAGUCUGACUGCAUGAAGGAGCGUUUCCACGGCAGGGCGAAGCACAUUUUUGUAGGCGAUUCGCAGAUGAUAUCUCUCCGCAAUGCGUUCCACCGUCUCAACAAGUGUCCUGAGAUCUGGUGGUCCAACUAUACCGCGCAGUUCCUUGAUGACAUGAUGACGGCGGUGCAGAGAAGCGAGAAAGGCAUUGCAAAAACAAAAAGUAAGGCUCGCUUCUAUUCCCGCUCCCAGCAGACCCCGUCGGAGUUGCCCCACGGCUGCACGGAGGAGGGCAUUGGAUCUUUUAUCCACUGGGACGGAUGGGUUAGCCACCAGUUGCCCGUGAAGGAGAUCAAGAAGGAGAUGGAAUUGGCUGGCGUGGACCCUGCAGAAGGCGACACCAUUGUCGUUUGGGUGGGCUCGAACUUCAUUCCAGCGCGGCACAGGAUGUCCUCCCUGCUCGACUCCAUUAAUGUGCUCCACGAGAUGAAGGUCAAGAUGGUUUGGGAUUCGCCGACCUUCCAUGACGAGGCCUUGAUGGCUGCAACAACGACCCAAAAUGCUGGACGCGAUCCGCGCACCAAUAUGCCCAUCGUUUUGAACUCCAUCUUUCAGCGGAAGCUCAGCGGGCAGAUGGGUUCUGGUGAAUAUCGCACCGAGAGGCAGCUCUACGAGCAGGGCAUCGAGGUCCCCAUCACCAAGCGGUGGCAGAUUACCAACCGCUACCGUGGGCUCCAGUGCGACGGCAUCCACACCGACAUGCGCGCCAGGGACCCCCUCUUCUACGACAUGCCGUGCCCCAUGGGCCAGCAGAAGUACGGCCAGUCCACCUAUUGCACCUGGGUGGAGCCAUUCAAAAAAGAGCUGAGCGGCAUCUGCCCGUUGGCCAGCGGCCUGGACGACAUGGUGCUCCAGAGCGGGCUCUACUCCAUAUGCGCCGCGCACGAGGAGCGCUCCAACGCCGAGGAGAAGAGGGACGGGCCGCCCCGAUUCUUCAACUCGAAGACUGGCACGGGCACGCCAGUGGCGGCCGAGGAGAAGAGGGACGGGCCGCCCCGGUUCAUCAACUCCAAGACCGGUGCGGGUACGCCGGGGGGGUCCUGGCGCGACCGCAUGACCACGAAGACGCCCAGCGCCGACGACCGCCCGCCUCUCUUCGGCGGCGAGGCCGGCAGGGCCGGCGACGGCGAUAGGCCGUCCUGGCGCAAGCAGAAUUCGGCCAAGGAG